AUGUCCGCCAACCAGUUCAAGGCCACCGUCAACGAGUAUCUAGAAGGAUUGCCGCCGACCAUCCAGUCGCAGCUCUACGAGGCACCCGCAACAUGUCUUUCCAUCUUCAGGUUGUUGACGCCAAUUGCAAAGUUUUUCAUCAUGCUGAUGAUUUUCAACGAACGGCCUCAAUCGGUUCGAGAUCUCGACAAGUGGUGCCGUCCACAGUCCAAGAGUCUUCAGUACGACGCAUUGAAGCGGCUCAAGUCGUUGCAUUUGGUGGAGGAAGAUGCUGGGGGCAAUUUUCUUCGACUCCAUAUGACGUUUCGAAAGAACUUUCGAGAUUGCUUAACAGGAAACCAGGAAGCCACGGCGUUUGGAAACUUGUGUACCGAGGACGACGGUCACAAGGUUACGGUGGCGUUUCUCGACUCGUUUGCGCUGCAAAAAUGGGAAACAAUCUUGCAUUAUAUGGUGGGAACUGAACUUCCUUCCAAACCAUCACCUUCGGUUUUGUCGCUCCUCAAGCUGGGUGGACUCAUGGAAGGUCCAGGAACUGAUGCUCGCAACUUGAAGAUUACCAAUAGUGGAUUUCAGUUCUUGCUACAGGACAUGAAUGCCCAAAUAUGGACACUUCUUCUUCAGUAUCUCAACUUGACACAAGAUCUAAACAUGGACCCCGUCGAUGUGCUCAAUUUUCUCUUCGUUUUGGGGUCUCUCGAGCUUGGGAAAAGCUACUACCUCUCUGGUCUCAGCGACACCCAGGUUAGCAUGUUGGCAGACUUGCGAGAUUACGGUCUAGUGUACCAGUACAGCGACCAAUCCGAUCGAUUUUAUCCCACGAGACUCGCUACCACUCUCACAUCCGAGUCUGCAUCUCUCAAAACCCCCUCCAUGGCGCUAGACCAGGCGGUGGACACAUCAAAUGGACUUGACUCGGGACCAGGUCAAGGCUCAAUUAUUCUUGAAACCAACUUUAAACUCUACGCAUACACAAAUUCUCCGUUGGAGAUUGCCAUUUUGAACCUAUUUGUCAACUUAAGGACGAGAUUCUCCAAUAUGGUUUCUGGACAAAUCACCCGAGAAUCCAUUCGCAACGCAUUGUACAACGGAAUCACCUCGGACCAAAUCAUCAAUUUUCUCGAGACCCAUGCCCAUCCACAAAUGCGGGCUCUAGCCAAGGAAAGACUCGACAAGAAGGUCGAGUUCGACGCGAGCAACAACAUCAACACUGCAGGCGGUGGUCAGAACUCGUCGGCUCAGCAUAAACUCGAAAUUCUUCCGCCCACAGUGGUGGACCAAAUCAAGCUUUGGCAGUUGGAAUUGGAUCGGAUCCAAGCGUUCGAGGGCUAUUUGUUCAAGGAGUUUGCAAGCCAGCAAGAAUUCGAUGUUUUGUGCAAUUAUGCUUCGGAUGUGGGAGUACUUAUAUGGUCCGACAGAACCAAAAUGAGGUUUUUUGUCACCAAAGAUGGUAUAUCUCAGGUGGCAGACUUUGCCAAUAGAAAGUUGAAGCGGUGA